AAGAAGUAAUGUAUAUAAAUAAAAAGAUCUAUUGAGUUUAUUCCGUCUUUAAAUGGCUUAAAAUAUAAAGUAGGCGGCUGAAGUGUUCAAGAUACUUUUGUUAGUGUUUUAAUAUGCACAAAUAAUUCAAAAUUACAAUAUAACAAGAUGAUGGAUCCCGAAGGAGAAGAGAAUCCCUCGGCAGUUGCCCCAGUUCAGGCGACGGGCAACAAAAAUGAUGGCCAGAAUUUGGCAAAGGUGUUCAAGACGGACUUCGAUGCGAAAUACAAUAUUGUCGACAUCCAGACCCCGCUCAAUGCCUUCAUGUCUGGCCAAUUUAAACGCAGUUACGCCUACACUACACUACAGAAUGAAUUGCCGGUGGUGCUCACAAAAGUAAUAGAUUCCAUAACAAAGGAAAAGAACGAGUUAGUCACACAAUUCGCGCCAAACAAUUUUGUACAGAACUCCCGUGAGGAGCUGAAGAUUAUCAUCGGCUUGAUAUCGAGACUGAAGUAUGAGCUUCAAACGGACAAACCAUUUCAACAAUUUAACGGCGAUGAACCCGAUCGUGAACAGUGGAAUAAUUUCAUAACUCACUUGCCAGAGGACGGUCGCACAUUUUACAGGGCCUGCUGGAUGCAUACUCAGUCCUAUAUGUACCGCAAACUCCACUCCUUCGUGGAGAACAGCAUCUUUCUGAAAGAGUUUGACUUCUUUGCCAAAAUUAAGGAGCAUUCACUUACCAGGAGCCAGGAUGCAAUUCUCUCACUAUCCAAAUACACACGUCGCACUGAAAACAACAUUGAGAUGUUUAGCGAAUUGUUGAAAUAUAAUUUGUGGAGCAAUCGCAAUGAUCUUGAGGACAAUGGUGCACACAUCUUCAAUAUGCACGUGCUCGAGGAUUUCACAACUUUAGAUGAUUAUAUAAUCGCGAAUAAUGCAACAGAUAUUUGGAAUUGUUUGUGCAACAAGAGCAAUAGACAUCAAGUUGAUAUUGUUCUGGAUAGUGCUGGGUAUGAGUUGUUUAACGAUUUCCUCUUGGCCGAGUACAUCAUCGAGAAGGGAAUGGCGGAUAAGGUGUGUUUUCAUGUCAAGGCACAUCCUGGCUUCGUGUCCCAUGCGACAGCACGCGACUUUCACUUCACCCUGGAGUAUCUGAGCAAUCAUGCAGAUUACAUUAUUAGUCUUUUGGGACAAAAGUUCUUAGAAUUUUACAAAGAGGGCAAAUUCGAAUUGGCAGCCGCUUCAUAUUUUUGGACGUCGCCCAAUGCCUUUCAUCGCAUGCGCUCAUUAGAGCCAGAAUUGUACACAAAUCUGCAGCGUUCGAAGCUAAUAAUAUUUAAAGGAGACUUGAACUAUCGCAAGCUGUUGAGUGACGUGUGCUGGGAAUCUUCACAGGAUAUUAAGACGUGCUUAGGUGGCUUUAUUCCCAGUAAUUUGUGUGCUCUGCGCAUAAUAAAAUCUGAGGUGAUUUGUGGCCUUCGAGCGGGCGUAUGUGAUGAUUUGUUGAAACAGGAGCCGCAAUGGAUGUCUUCUUGUAGCUAUGGUCUCAUUCAGUAUGUGGAUGGCUCUCGUGAAUAUGGCUAUUAAUAUACAAAAUAUCAUGAAUAUCACCAAAAUCAAACCAAAAAUAAACAUCUGUUAAACUAA